CUUUCUUUAUUGUUAGCAGAGUUAGAAUUUUUAGAUUACCUGGAUUUAAGAAACAAUGACUUCUUAGCAUUGCAAUUUGAUUAUAUGCAUAAUCAUCGGGGUGUCAAUUCUUCAACUCUUCGUCAUCUUGAUUUAUCGCGUAACUCAAAUCUUGCCAUCAAUAGCCUUCAAUGGCUUCCCUAUAUUUCUUCCUUGGAAUAUCUCAACCUCCGUCAUAUUGAUCUCAGUAAGGAGACUAAUUGGCUUCAAUUAGUGACUAUGCUUCCAUCACUUUCAUUUCUCAAUAUGCGUGCUUGUCAGCUUAAAGACUUGAGUUGGUCUCUCCAGUAUGCUAAUUUUACAGCCCUCCAGGCUCUUGAUCUUUCUUGUAAUGAAUUUAACUCAGAGUUACCUAAGUGGUUAUUCAAUCUUAGUUCUGGUAUUUAUGAUUUAGACCUUAGACUAAGUUCUUUAAAAGGACAUCUACCUAAGGCUUUGUUAAAUCUUCGAGAACUGGAAAACUUGGUAUUGGAUGACAAUAACUUUGAUGGACCCAUUCCAGAUUGGUUAGGUGAUUUCAAACAUUUAGAAACUCUUUCUCUUGGAGCAAACAACUUUUCAGGAUCUAUUCCCACAAAUUUGGGAAAUCUCUCAUCCUUAAUCACCUUAGAUGUUGCGUCAAAUCCUUUGACAGGAGUUGUAUCUGAGAGAAAUUUAGCCAAAUUGUCAAAAUUAAAGGAACUGGAAUUAUACUCAUAUUCCACUUUAAUCAUUGAUUUUGACUCCCAUUGGAUUCCACCUUUUCAACUUGAAGUAUUAGUUCUUGGGUUUUCAAAUCCCAAUAAUCUUCCUGCGUGGUUGUAUACACAAAGAUCUAUUGAAAGUUUAACUAUUAUGGGAUCAUCAUUUGAGGCUGGAGACAAAUUUUGGAAUCUUGUAUCAAGAGUGGAUGAAGUCCAAUUACGAGACAAUUUGAUAGACGGAAACAUGUCAAAUGUGUUGUUGAAUUCUACAUUCAUCGAUUUGGCAUCGAAUGGUCUAAAAGGUUGCUUGCCACAAUUAUCACCAAAUGUGGUUUUUGUCUCGUUAGUAAAUAACUCAUUAUCAGGGGACAUGUCUCCCCUCUUGUGUGAUCAUAAGAUGUUGAAUGGGAAAAACAAUUUGUUGUUCUUGGACAUAUCAAUGAAUAAUCUAUCUGGAGGGCUUACCAAUUGUUGGAAGAAUUGGAAAUCUUUAGUUGUUGUUCGAUUGGGAAGCAAUAAUCUAUCAGGCAAGAUACCCCCAUCAAUGGGCUUCUUAUCUAAUCUCACCUCACUCCAUUUGGAUGAAAAUAAACUACAUGGAGACAUUCCUCCCUCAUUGCAACAUUGUCAUUCUCUUUUGGUCUUUAAUGUCCGCAAUAACCAAUUAUCUGGAAACAUACCAUAUUGGAUAUCUCAUAGUGUAAUGACUCUCCAAUUAAGGUCCAAUCAUUUUACUGGCAAAAUCCCACCACAAAUAUGUCAAUUUUCUUCCCUCAUUAUAUUGGACAUAGCAAAUAACACAAUUUCUGGUCAUAUACCCAAUUGUCUUAGUAAUAUAAAAUCCUUACUCUUCAACAAUGCUUCAUUGAGCAAACUUUCUUUUUACUUUCCUUCAUAUGAUGGUUACUUCUACAGUGAUGAAUAUCUUGAAUUGGUUAUAAAAGGUCAAGUAUUAGUAUAUGAAAACAAUCUACACUUCAUGACCUUAAUUGAUAUGUCAAGUAACAAUUUGUCUGGAACAAUACCUCCACAAAUAUUUAGUCUCAUUGGAUUGUCCUCUUUGAACUUGUCCCACAAUAAACUAGCAGGAAAAAUACCAAAUGAGAUAGGAAACAUGAAAAACUUAGAGUCCCUUGAUUUUUCAUUAAACCAACUUGGUGGGCAAAUUCCUCAGAGCUUGUCCAGCUUGUCCUUUCUGGGUUACUUGAACCUAUCAUUCAACAAUCUAACAGGAAAAAUACCAUCAGGCACACAACUUCAAGGGUUCACUACACUUAGUUACAUGGGAAAUCAUGAUCUUUGUGGACCCCCACUUACCAAAAUGUGCAUUCAAGAUGAUAAUCAUAAAGACACAAAGCUUGUAGAUGAAGAUGGAAAUCAAUCUAUAUUUUUGGCAUGGUUUUACAUUGGAAUAGAAUCUGGAUUUACGACAGGCUUUUUAGGAGUUUGUUGUGCUAUUUUCUUGAAUAGAAAAUUGAGGCAUGCUUACUUCAAGUUUCUUUAUGACUUGAGAGAUCGACUUUAUGUCAUGGUGAUCAUCAACAUGAAUCCAUUCCGUUAAGAUCAAAAUGGUUGCAUAAUAAUACUGGUGUUUUUCAUUCAUGAAAAAGGAACAAGUCUUCAAGCGUAGAAGAGAACAUGUGGUGUUAUGAAAACACUACAAACAGUCUCAGCAGUGAUGAACUUAAUAUUUAGAUUUGGUUAUUAUUAAUAGUUGGUGUAUUUUGUUUUUUCCUUUUAAGUUACGCUGAUGGUUUCCUACUUUAUCUUUUCUUUUUUCUUUGUUCUCUGCAGCAUUUAAAUGAGAUAAGUUUAUGUUGUAUGUUUUAUAAA